UCCGGUGGAAGACGUGGAGCCGACGGAAGGUAUCUAUAUAGGUUCUUGAUCGGAGAUAGAGAUACUCACCAGUAAGGGUGCGUUCAAGCCUACCGGUUAAGCUUAAGGGCAAAAGUCUAGAGAUGAUUGCGCUCGUGAAUGACUAGUGGUAAUUGCACUGAGAGGUAUCGUUUCGUGUCUGACAGGUAGGCGCGUGGGACACGAUCAAGUUCGAUCAGGAGUCUCAGUUCACAUGGCCGUUCACCACAUGCAUGCACGCAGGUUUCAUGCACAUAGUCGGAGGUUCAAUGUUCAGAUCUCAGAGUGUAUUGCUCUCUACAUACCCAUGAACAAUGCAUCUGUACAGGGUAUCCGGGAUCGCUCUCAGAAACCGCUCCUUUUCAAGAAGUCAAUCAAGUGUCGCCACAGCAGCAUACCCCGACCGUGUCCAAGCGUACCCCUUUGCUUUUGGUUUAGAUAAAGCACUGCGAUAUGCUGGACGACUAGUUGGAUCAAUUUCGCACUCGCCGAUACGUUCUGAAGCUGCUUACUACCUGCGAAGUCACGCCGUCUCUCCUAUACAACCAGAAUUCGCUGCAGCCAUUUAUCUGCCUACCUGGGUGAUUGAUGCCGAGGUGAAGGCGGAUUUCUGGCCGAAGCCAGAUAAUGAGACCCCUGCCCGGAAGCGCAAAGUAACAGGGUAUCUGGUUAAUUCUUUCAUGCCAGGGUUUGCUCUUGAGCCAUUCUCUCGCCUUAAUUUCAAGUCAGAUGACCUGCAGGAAUAUUUACUGCUACCGUUCUCGAAGCUCAUGGAAGAACAACAUGACCAGAAGAUCACAUGUAUACCCUUCGCGUUCACGCCAUUUUCCCUUCCUUCCUUGGUUCGAAAGUUGAAAGACGUAGAUCACGCGGUGAAAUUGGGUUCACUCAAAGCUCACGUCAUGGCCGCAUAUCCCAUUCUCAUACCCGUGUAUGCGCUUCAGUAUAAACACAGACCGCAAUUGCAAGAUGAUCAAAAUGCGAACAAGAUUUUCAGUAUCAUCUUAGAAGCCUAUAGGCCGAACGGGAACCUCUUUCUAGAUAAUAGUCAUAAGAUGUUUAAACCUGAAGAACAGGAAUUCAUCAUAGAUGGCCCGCAGAAGAGCACAGGAAUGCAACAACCAUUUGACGUACAGACUCCAGGAGCACCACAAGUCCCGAUGGGGCUGGCAGACUUAAUUACUACUCUAUUCGGACGGGAAAGUGCCAUGGCCGCUUAUUUUUCCCAUUGGAAAGAAGAGAACCCGUCCGAGGAGAUUGAUUGGAAGGACCUACGCAUCAGGGAGUAUGCAGACGAGGAAGUCGAGAUAAACCGUGAUUUUCUAAGUUGGGGGCAGUUUGAAAGCUUUUACAGCUCUCGUUCGGACCUUCUAGCUUCCAUUCAUGAUCCUGUAAGGGCCGCACAGGUGACAAGAGAUACCUUGGCUUUAUUAGGCGACUCGACGGUUAUGAAAGUACGGCCGAAGCUCGUUGAUAUUGCUCGCAGGGGAAGCUGGUUUACAAGGUCGUGGGCGUACGACACGGAGAUUGAACCAAUCUCGGUACGUGAGAUAGCCGAGAGAGCCAAAGAGAUGAGGUCGGAGCGGAAACCAGAAUGGUUGGCCAAAUGGCAGACUCAGCGGCGAAUGAAAGGAAAGCAACUAUGGUUUUGAGCUUGUUCUGAGCCUUGUAUAUUACACUAUACCAUAUACUACUGUAUUGGCGGCAUUUCGACUUUUUCCCCCCAAGAACUGUCUUUUAGAGCUAGAGU